AUGGGUCCUUCGGGUUCGGGUAAAUCUACCCUUAUGAACUUAUUGGGUUGCCUUGACACGCCUACUUCUGGAAGCUAUUGGUUAAACAAUAAAGACGUAAGCAUCUUAAGCGACAAUGAGCUGGCGGAAAUACGCAACCGCGAAAUCGGUUUUGUUUUUCAAACCUUUAACUUGUUGCCGCGCUCUACCGCAUUGGAGAACGUAAGCCUACCGCUGGUGUAUGCCGGCCUGGGGGCAGACGAUAGAAAAGUCCGCGCCAGUGAGGUGCUGAAUCAGGUAGGCCUGGAUGAUCGCAUGGAUCACCGGCCCAAUCAGCUCUCGGGCGGGCAGCGGCAAAGAGUGGCCGUGGCAAGAGCCCUGGUAAAUAGCCCCUCCAUAAUUCUGGCCGAUGAGCCCACGGGAAACUUAGACUCUAAGACUUCGGUGGAGAUUAUGAAGUUGUUUGAGGAGAUUCACAAAAAUGGGAACACCAUUAUUUUGGUUACCCACGAAGAAGAUAUUGCCCAGCAUGCCGAGCGGAUUAUUCGCCUGCGAGACGGAAUGAUUGAAUUGGCGCGCAUGGGCGCCAGUAUUACACUUUUGGCCCGCAAUAAAACGAAGUUGGAAAAGGUGAUGAAAGAACUCAGCACCUCUCAAGACCAGAAACACCAUUUUUUGGUGGCUGAUUUUGACGAUAUUGUUAAUCUGGAGGCCGUGGUAAGCGAUUAUUUACGCAAGGGAAAUAGCUUUAACAUCUUGGUAAACAACACGGGCGGACCGCCCGCUGGGCCGGCAAAUGCGGCACCGGUAGAAGAGUAUGUUACCGCAUUUAAGCGCCACUUAUUGGCCAAUCAGGUGCUGGUUAAACUUCUGUUGCCCGGCAUGAAGGCGUUGGACUACGGCCGAAUAGUAAAUGUUAUUUCCACUUCGGUGAAGGCACCAUUGCCAAACCUCGGGGUAAGCAACACCGUACGCGGUGCGGUGGCCAACUGGUCUAAAACACUUUCGAGAGAAUUGGGCGAAUUUGGCAUAACGGUAAACAAUGUUUUGCCGGGCGCAACCGAAACCGGUAGGCUGAGUUCAAUUAUUGACAACAAGGCCCAAAAAACCGGGCAGGAUAAGGAGAAAGUAGCUGCCGCUAUGUUGGAGCAGGUGCCUCUAAAGCGCUUUGCAAAACCCGAGGAGGUGGCCAAUGCCAUCGCCUUUUUAGCCUCCCCGGCCGGGGCUUACAUCAGCGGUAUCAACGUGCCGGUUGAUGGAGGACGCACGCCUAACCUGUAA